ACUCGCCUCACUCUGCAUGCACACCUACUUACCUUGAAUCCGGAUUGAUAGAUUGGACCCCACGGUGCGUGGGAUCAACCGACAAUCGCCCAUCUCCGAGCAUACUAUAGUAAUAUAUAUGGAACAAUAUCUUCGAUACUUUCAGAAGCACUGACUUUGCGAUUUACGUGCAGAACCUACACGUUGGGUGAACAACGAGAAUCAUGAAAGUGAUGUCAGGGCCGAGUUGAGUACAUACCCCACAAUUGGGGUACCUCGGCAUACCCGAAUCUAGCAACCAUCAUCAUGAAUAUACAGCUUCGUCGCCAGGAACGACUCGCUUGCUCACCGCCAUCAACACCCAAGGUUCUCCUUACUAUCGAAGCUAUACCUUGAUCUCUCAAACACCCUCGUCGCAAUAUAUUUUCUUUUACCCUUUGUCGCACAUCUAUCACGUCAUGCCCGUCCAACCAAUUGACCCUGUGUCGGACCCUCGUGUCAAACACAAAACAGCGAAGCUCAAUGGACAGACAUAUCAUUAUCUGUAUGCGGUACCCCAGUCUGGCGAGUAUACGCAUACCGUGUUUUUGAUUCAUGGCUGGCCCGAUCUAUCGAUGGGAUGGAGGUAUCAGAUUCCUCUCUUAGUUGAUAUGGGGAUGCGGGUUGUUGCGCCUGAUAUGAUGGGAUACGGUGGGACGGAUGCUCCCAAAGUUCCGCCAAACUCCAUCAAAAUGUAUGGGCUCAAGAGAGCAUCAGAUGACAUUGCUGCGCUGGCUAAAGAAGUCAAUGCGCCGCAGAUCAUUCUAGGUGGUCAUGACUGGGGAGGCUUCGUCGUAUGGCGAGCUGCUCAAUGGUAUCCCAACCUCGUUACACACGUCUUUUCGGUUUGUACACCAUACACCGCUCCUUCCGACAAGUACUUCUCCACCGAAGAUCUCGUCAACGGCCCGUUACCUCAAUUCGCCUACCAACUCCAUCUCGCUUCUGGCGAAGUAGAAAAGAGCGUCAAAGAUGAGCAGUCGAUCAGGCAAUUUCUGAACGGCAUGUAUGGGGCCAAGGGACCAAACGGAGAGAUCACAUUCGUUCCCGAGAAGGGGAUACUAGUCGAGAAUUUGCCAAAGAUUGGUGAGAGCAAGAUUCUGAAUGGAAAGUACCUAGACUACUACGUCAAGCAGUAUCUCAACCACGGGAUCCACCCCACAUUGAACUGGUACCGCCAACGUCGCACAAACUGGGAAGAAGACCAAGCGCUACUCGACAAGAAGCGAAUCGACCAGCCCGUUCUCUUCAUUCAAGCCACGCACGAUGGCGUGCUAAAACCCGAGAUGGCAAAGAACAUGGACAAUUUCAUUCCUAAGCUGACGAGAGGGGAGGUGGAGGCUGCGCAUUGGGCGUUGAUUCAGAAGCCAGAGGAAACCAAUGCUAUUAUCCGCCAAUGGCUUGAGGCAGAGGGGCUGGUGGGGAAGAAGAGGCGGGAGAGUAGUCUGUAGGAACGGGCUUAGAGAGACGGAAUGUUGAGGGUCUGGGGAUAAUAAUUGACCCGUCUGUUGAGCAAGUUUGUCUAGCUUGGAGUACUCAAAAUCUCACCAUGGUGCCCAGCGGUGUGUGCAUACUUGAUUACUUUCUCAUGCCCGUCGACCGAGAACGGCAUAUCAUAGUUUACCGGGUAGGAACUGACAGGCGAUGGAGAUUGCGGCUC